CUCUCAACAACAUACUACACCCUUGCUCCGGCCCUCCGCCUCCCCUACGUCGAUCCCCUAUUUCGAUCUCCCACUUCGAAUGAGAAUCCCCGAAAGCUCUUGAUUUUUCCUGGACUCGAAAUACAUGCGACCCGGACAGACCAGAUGGACGAUCCGUCGAGGAUAUUAGCCCAGGCAAGGGCGCAACUCGAGGCCUUGAAGCAGGCCGGUCUAAGUAAACAUGACUUAUUAGCUCUGCUCGAGGAAGAGCCACAGCAACAACAACAACAGCAACAGCGAUCACCAGUACCACUACCACAAUCACAACCACAACAACAGCAGCAGCAGCAGCAGCAGCAACAACAACCACCGCAACAGCACCUGUCACCCGUGUCACCCGAUGCCCCUGCCCUGCAGAACUUCAGCUAUCAAGACCUCAAUGCCUCGUUCCGACCACCGCCUCAGUACCGGGCAUCCAUAUCUACGGUAUCGAGCAGCUCGAGCGGCGACAGCUGCUUCUCGGCCGCCUCGGUGCGCAGUUCCAUCUCCUCUUCGUCCAACGCCUCGAGCGAGUCCAAGUUCUGGUGCACAUCUUGCAACAAGACGUUCAAGCGCAAGUUCGAUUGGAAGCGACACGAGGAAGAAUUUCACGACCGUUCGCGCAAGUAUCCCUGCGAUAGCUGUAACCAGAGCUUCUGGGGCCCCAACACCUUCAAUCAACACCACAAAUCCGCUCACGGCUGCCAGACGUGCCCUCAUGCCGAGAUGGUCAUGAAACCCAUGAAGAAGAGAAGAGCUUACGGUUGUGGGUUUUGUGCGGCGCUGCACGGUCAAUUCGAGCGCCACAUCGACCACGUGGCGACGCAUUUCGAGAGUGGCAUGACGAAACAAGAUUGGUCGCAUUCCAACGUCAUCUACGGCUUACUUCAUCAGCACGGAAUUAUUGAGACCUGGAAGGCGCUAAUGGCGAGCAAGCACAGUCAGUUCAACGACCGCCAGCCCAUGUUUGGCUGGUCGCCGGAAUCGACAGGUAGGGCGCACGGGUUUGUCGAGAACGAAAACCCCGGCCAACUACAGGACCUCCUCGAAUUCUUCGACGGCUCCAAAGAGAGCGCCAAAAAGAUAGUGCAGUUGGCUGAGACAUGCGUGCAUGUCGUCUUCCGGCCCAAGUCGCAAUCGUCGAGCCCGGUCACAGCUAAUGAUUCUAUCCCUCCGCCAUCGGUGACAAGCAGCGGUCCGCUCCGACACUCCGUGUCGCGUAGCUCAUUGCGCGAACCUCGACGGACCGCGUCCACGUCAGCCAUGAUGAAAGCGAACAAGGCCAUUCGGCGGACAGUAUCCAGUGCUACGGCCCCAGCACUCACACCCGUCCCAUCCAUGACUUUGCAUUCGUCAACACAACCACAGCAUCAAUUAGGUUCUACGAACAACGUAUAUCCUAGUUACAUGCAUAGUUCGGACUCAGCCGUCCAUCCCCAGGCACAGCUCACGUCUAUACCAGCACAUCCGAGUGCCUAUACCGAUAAGGCCUUGCCUCCUCCGCCCUUGGAUCCUGUCUCCCCAAUGGCGGUAGACUUUCCCCAAUUUACCGAGCCGCCUCACAUGGGCGCCCCCCCACAAACGCAGGGGUUCCUCCCGGAGGUUGACUUCUCUACCGAUUGGCAUAGUUUCACGAGUACGCUUGUGGGCGGAAUGGGUGACGAGCAACAGCAACAGCAGCAGCUCCAACACCCCCAUCCACACCCUCAUCCACAUCAGCAUCCACACCCGCAGCAACAACAACAAGCGAUGACGCCUUUCGCGGCGACACAGGGAUUUCCUAUGAGCUGGAAUGAUUUAGGACAUUACACCGGCGCACCAGGACCCUAACACAAAAAUAUAAAAUGGGGAGGGUGAAUAGAUAGGGCGAGGUCAACUGCUUUUGUGCAAGUACUUAAUAAUGAUGCUAUGAAUUCAAGGGGGGAACGGGGGAUGUGGAAGGCUUUUGGUUCCAAUUGUAUAAAUGGUUU